CUGAUUGAUAUUUCCAGAGCUAAAAUCUUCUCGCAACGAUGGCUUUCAAAUUAGCCCUUCUCUUCGGCGUACUCGCCUUUGCCAGUGUUGGCUCCUUUGUGUUUGGAACAACCACGACCACCGUCACCACUUCCGUCACUACUGUCACUGCGGACGAUGGCAGCGAGGGUGGACUUUCGUUGAGCGCUCACGACCGCAGCGUCAUCCGCAAGACCUGGGACCAGGCUAGAAGAGACGGAAAUGUCCCUCCUCAGAUCCUUUUCCGCUUCAUCAAGGCUCAUCCCGAAUACCAAAAGAUGUUCAGCAAAUUCGCCAGUGUUCCUCAACAUGAGCUGUUGACCAACGGUAACUUCUUGGCCCAGGCCUACACCAUUUUGGCCGGUUUGAACGUCGUCAUCCAAUCCCUGUCCAGCCAGGAGUUGAUGGCCAGUCAACUAAACGCUCUCGGAGGCGCCCAUCAGCCCCGUGGUGCUACUCCUAUCAUGUUCGAGCAAUUCGGCGCCGUCCUCGAGGAAGUCCUCGCCGAAGAGUUGGGCAGCACCUUCAUUGCUGAAGCCAAACAAGCCUGGAAGAGCGGACUUGCCGCUUUGGUUGCUGGUAUCUCCAAGACGCUAAAGAACUCCGGAGAUUUAGCUGAUCCCCAGACAGGAUUGUCUGCCAACCAAAUCCGUGACGUCCAGAGGAGCUGGGAGAACAUCAGAAGCGGCCGCAAUGCCAUGGUCUCCUCCAUCUUGGUCAAGCUCUUCAAGGAGACUCCCCGCAUCCAGAAAUACUUCGUCAAGUUCGCUAAUGUCCCAGCGGGAUCUUUGGGUAGCGAUGCCGAAUUCAACAAACAAGUUGCCCUCGUCGCUGAUCGUCUGGACACCAUCGUCUCGGCCAUGGGCGACACACUUCAACUUUUGGGCAACAUCAACUACAUGCGCUACACCCACGCCGCCCGCAGCAUUCCCCGUAGUGCUUGGGAGGACUUUGGCCGCUUACUGAUGGAUUCUUUGUCGGCCAACGGUGUUUCAUCUGGCGAUUUGGCCUCUUGGAAGGGCGCAUUGGGCGUACUUGUCAACGGAAUCUCUCCGAAGAAUUAAGACGCAUUUUCUCAGGUAUACACUUCAGCAAUAACAAGGAAGGAAAAUAUUCUGGCUGCUUAUUGGGUUUAUUCCGGUUUAUUCGCUGAUGUCCUUUUUCUUUCUUUUUUCAAUACAAUUGGCUUUCAGAAACGUUGUUGUCGUAUUACAAGCAUUUCUUUUUACCGAAGCUUACAUGAACUAUUAGCGCAUUUAUUUACUCUAGCGUAUUUCCCU